AUGGCGGACGAGCUGGAAGGACUUCGGCGGGAGAUUGAAGAAAAAUCUUUGGAGCUUGAAUCAUUAAAAAACCUGUUAGCCCUCAAGGUAAGGAAUGUUAAUUGAUGAAUAGAAUGCAACAGUUUGUAGAGGCAUUAAGCGAUUUUAUUGCAAGGCCCUGUGCCCACCCCUUUUGUGCAAUUAUAAAGCUUCAUUAUAUAUGUUUGUUCAUUGGUUUGUUCUUCUUGAUCGAAUGCAACGUGGGUUUCAAAAAGGGACGCGAUUUUCGUUUGUAUUCAACAGUUUGCAAAUGUUCACCCAGGACCUUCUCAAGUACUGUAAUAGGGUCAAAGCGCAGAGUGCAGGGUUGCUUUAAUUUAUUAUGUGUCUCUUAAAAAAUAAUGUAAUUAUGUCAUCCUUUCUUUAGAAAACUUGAAAUACUUCAUGGUCUGUGUUUUUACAGGAAAAAGAGUAUGCUAGCCAUGCCCUAAAUGGGUGUCCUCCAGCAUCUAACAGUUCCAGUUUUAUAGAACCCCGCAAGAAAGACAAAUUAAAUAACAGGGAUAUUUUGCGGUAUAGCAGGCAACUGAUAUUACCAGAGAUUGGUGUUAAAGGUAUGGAGUUAUUAAAGAGAAACAGAAGUUAAUUUCAUUUUCAUGUUUAUGGUGUUGUUGUCAACCCUUUCAUUUCCAAAGUCAAUUUAAUAUUGAGGGACAAAAUGUUGUUACAACUCUGUGGAUGAAAACCUCGACUUGAGCAUUUCCAUUAUGUGCCAGCUCUCCCAAAGUACCUGGGAGCAUCCUGAAUUUGGCACAAAAUCUUGUGGUCUAUUCUUUUUUUUUACCACAUUGUAUAUAAAAUGACCUUAAGGAUUUUCCUGAAAUUUUCAUAUUGAUAUUGUUUGGCAUGAAAGAGUUGAAAAACACAAAAUUAUAUUGAAAGUCACCAUGACAGCAAAUGACAUGCCAUCAUUAUUUUAAAUUUGGAGUAUUGCUGGCCUCUUAUGAUUAGCUCGGAAAUUUCAUUCUUUCUAGCUGUGAUAUACCUCAUACCCCUAGUCUCAUGUGAUGCAUUUUUUUUCCCAGGACAGAUACACUUGUACAAUACAUCAGUACUCAUUGUAGGAGCCGGUGGUCUUGGGUGUCCUAUGGCACAGUAUUUAGCAGCCGCUGGAGUAGGUAUGCGUUUUGCCACUUAA